AUGUCUUUCUACGACAGUGACAACACCUGGUCUGCCCCAGCUCGCCAACCAUCGUGGGAACACCAACAAUCGUCGCAACCGCCGUCCCGAUCGACUUCGACUUCAACCGCGCCUAUCCAUGUGGACUCGACGGCAUUUGCGCUGCAGUUUGAAGAGAUCGCACGUGCGACGGACAACCUGAUGAAGAGCGGCAAGUGGUACCCUGGCUCAACGCAAGCCAGCUCUGCCAGCGCAGCCUCCUCGGCACGGAGAGAGAGUAUGCCCGUGGUCGGCCGUGGACACGACUUCGGCGCUGAGCAGCGAGCGACCGGCCCACAGAGGCACCAGUCCGUCACCGAGAUAGAAGCCGGACGACCGGGCUCUGCUGGUCUACAGAAUUUCUAUGCCGGACAACGUUUCCCAGGCGGGAGACAAAGUGAAGCGGAGCAGGUGCUGCAAGCAAAGCGGAGAAUGGCUGCUCAGCGGGAACGCGAGCUGCGCAACUACCAUCAAGAGCAGCAGUACAAUCGGACUGUCACUGGUGUCAAAACUGAUCGAGCUCUGAGCCCGACUACGAUGAGCGAGGAAGACCGCCGUGAAUUGAUCGCGCGCCAGCAUCGCGCAUUAUACGGCGACAACUCGAGCAUGUACAACACCGACGGAAGCCGAGCUCCAAGCCAGGACGCGAGAAGUCCUGCCGGCCGUGGACCCUCUCCGCUUGCAUUCGAUGCAUUCAGUCUUGGCCACGGAAACAAGGAUGGUGCCGUUCAGAUGCCGUCUCGUGAUCGCACUGAGAACACCACCUCGCCCGUCUCUGGCGCGCCGCCUCAGCAGUCCUUCGCCUUGUUGAAUGACCCCCAGCAGAACAACCGCACCUCCAGCUCGUCUCCAGCCGGAUCGCCACCACUGGUCCAGGGACAGCAGAAGGGUGGUCUCUCUGCUCUCUCUGGCGUCGCACCAAUCGGCACUCGACCAGUCCAAGGUGCAGGCCCUCAUGGCAAGCGCUCUACCACCCCGUUGACGCCUUCUUCGUUGAGCUACGGUUUCAAUGCCAGUGGCUCACAGCACGGGGCUAACGGGAAAGACGAACGCUCUGCUUCGUCUGCAUCCAACCCGGGCCACUCUGACAAGACUGUCAGCGGCCUCGGCUCCUGGGGCAGUAACAGCGCCGUCUGGGGCUCAACCAAGAACACCCUCGCAGUCCAGCCAUCCGUUUGGGGCUGA